AUGGACCCCGCCGUGGAUUCCGGAGAGGAAGGGUCGCGAGAAGAUGAUCCCUCGCCCCCUUGGUUCCUCCGAGUCGCGAUGAAAUUCUUGCUCAUGUUUGUAAAAGGGGGAAUCGAGUACUGUGGAAUACUAUGUGUCUCCAUAGGCCUGGCGGCCAAAUGGGUCUACUGGCUUAUGGCGGGCAUGGUAUUGGUGGCCCUCGCGCAGCUUGCCUACUGGACCUAUGUUUGGGUCCUUCGGCCGCUGACGAGGUUCGCCUACGUCUUGGCUCAGUACCUCGUGGGCCGCGCCCCGUGGGAUGAGGUUUUGACCCAUCACGGCCGCACGCCGUUCCGACUGGUGUGGUACGGCCCCACGGGACAGGUGGCUUGGACCGCCCAGUACAUCCAAGACAAAGUCCGAGGCAGGGGAACCUGCCAAGCCCCUUUCGACUUGUUGGUCACGGACGGGACUGCACUUGCCCGCUUGCGGCACGGCACCAUCCGCGGGCGUACAAAUCGGCACGGGUUUACUUGCCCCUGUGACACAGUGCAUGGGAGCUCACACCGCUACUGGCGGCACUCUUUGGAGGGAGCGAAUUGCCGGGUGCACCUCUGCUCCCAAUCACCUUGCACAGCACCGGAAGCGGCGGAGGUGCAUGUCACUUCAAGCUCCGUUGUGCCUCGGGAGGUAGAGCUGGACCUCACCGAGCUAGCAGGAAAAGGGCCCUUCGGUAGGUGCCUUACGGCUACGUGGCUCCUCAGCGCCCAGGGAUACUACCUCUGGAAGUCGCUGGGUGGCUGCAUUUGCUCCUGCCGGCGCCGGUGUUGUCAGUUUUGUGGCUGUGGCUCACGCCCGCGGCGCGGUCCGCGCCCGGGGGGAGAGAACGGCCCCGAGCCCUCCCGCCUCCUGCACGAGUGGUCGGAGACCGAGAGUGAAGGCGACGACCACGCACAAGCGUGCCAAGCCGACCAGCUUGCGUGGGAGGAAGGGGGCAAAACGCACGCGUUGUGCAAAGAGCCUUGCAAGGAUCUGGCCCUCGGGGACAGUAUCCAGAUCUUGCCAGCGGACCUGCGCGUGAGCGAUAAGGCUGGGUUACAGGAAGAAGACGGCAGCUGCUACGCCCGGCUAUGCCCCAGGCACUCCGCUCAAUAUGGGCAUGCGAGCGCGCGACGCAAGUGCGCAGUGGAAGGCUGCGUGGAACUGAGCCGGACCACCAAAGGUCGCGAAGCUUCCAUCUUCUCAAGCCCCAGGCUCUUCAGCUCGCUCUCCGGGAAAGUGCGCCCUUCCCACUGCAUGACCUGGACAAGGGCCAUGGAGCCCUUCAACGCCACCAGGCGACAGUCCAAGCCGCACAGCUCGAACGCGGCGCCAAGGUCAUCUACCUCGAAGCACUGCGGGGACAGCACGCCGCCCCUGAUGAGCACACCGUCCACGAAGCGGUCGACCCUGCCUGAUCCCGCGAUGCGACUGAAGGCAAUUCGCGUUAAGACGGGAGCGGGGCGAGACUCCGAAGAGAGACUCGACCCACCCGGGGACGCAAACCUCAAAGCUGAGGCCCUUGGCAAGCUGGUGCGCAACGUAGCGUUGGGACAACCAGCGGCGAAGGCUUACUCUGCAGCCUGCCAGGAGUAUGGGCUGGACCCGUACACGCAGCCACUGCAAGGGGAAAUCGCCGAGCAGGGACAGCCGCAGGAGCACGACCCUGUGCUCGGGGCGUUUCACGCUUACUUGCACGGGACCGACGGGAGCGGAGGGACUGAGUUUUCAGCUGGGGCUCCUCCCUUCGUUAGCGGGGAGCAGCGUCACCCCGCCCUUGCUUUAUAUGCGGCUCGAUCCGAGCCCGGUACUCCUGCUCCACCUAUUGAAGCCGGACAGAGCGCUCCCCCCGCAGAACGAACUCCCUUUGCAGCUGCCAGCCUUUUCCGGCCACGGGAAGAGGGCCCCGGUGCGCAGGGGAAUCCUCCCCCGGCGGGGCCCCUCAUGCAAGCAAGCACGUUGCCAGGGGGGUAUCAGGUUCUCGCCAACGCCGUGCGGCCUUUCCAUGCGGGAGCAUACACUGAUGCCGAACCCCCCAGGCUUGACGAGUCGGCGAAGGCUUUGCAAGCCAUUGCCCGCUCACUUGUCAAAGACGACCAAGGGCAGGAGAAGGGGAAACUGUCGGCCAUCGGGCGGCAAGAGGAGCGACUUGUCUUUCUCCUGCGGGGCUGCGACAGCUUGGACGUGCCACUUGCCGCAGGUGUGGUGGGCAAAGAGCUUUUCCACAGUUUGCGGGCCGCGGCUACCCAAGCCAGGCCAAAAUUACGGCAACUUAGGUUUCCGGUCAACUUGACCAACCGCCUGUGCUACGCAUUGGCGUCGGCAAGCUUCGGAGCCAAGGACGUUAAAUCUUUGCCGUUACAUUGUGGGUCUGCCGCAGAUUUUCCGCAGACUGAAGAGGCAGAUUUCGACGCCUACUCAAGCCCGCCGGAUCUUAAACUUGAAGCGCGGCCACAGGGACCCACGACGGUCAGCACGUGGUUGAGAAACGCUUUGAGGCAAGCAUGGGGCCUGGCUUGUGUCUACGGACAACAACAUUAUGCCGUCUGGGAAGCUGCAGCUCUCCACCUGACUAAGCUGGGCGAGGAGCACAGCGAGUUCUCCUCAGCCUGUGCGGUAGAGCUUGAGGCCCUCAGACCUGAACCUGCUGCUGGUGAGGACUCCUCACCGGCGCAUGUUAUUUUUGAUGUGUGGGAAGAGCUCUGGGCCCGCUUCUUCGAAGAACUCCGCGAAGUUGACCGUGACCUGCGACGUUUGAUGCGAGAGGAGUCCCCGACUUUCGACCGCAUGAAAUUUGUUGCUACUGCCCCCAAUGCCGAAGGGCGGCCCUGGCUGCGGCUUCCGGGAACCUUCCGGCUGGAGGACCCGCGUGAAUACUUCACGACCGAUGUGCUGGACAGACUCCAACGCCAAUUGUCGCGGGCAGCUUGGGCUCAAGCCCUUCGGGGGCCAGCGCGAACCGGCCUCCCGGGAGGAGGCGGCAGGGCUGGAGACGCUUCGGCGGACGGGCAAGCCGGACACCCGGGGAAGGUAGAUGACCCGCCCACGCGUGCCGGUGGGGAGCAGGCCGCCAAGGUCCAGGAAGGCGGGGGCAAGCGCAGGCCGGGUCGGAAAGCCAAUAGGGCUCGUACCGAGCCCGGGCAGAGCAACCAGGCUCUCCCUCCCGAACCCCCCGUAGAGCUCCGAGACGGGGGAUACACCCUUCAAGAAGAAGGCCUACGCAAGCUCGUGCAGGGCGCCGACUACAGUUGGUAUCAAGAUCAGGAUCACGGCCAAGGCAAGGCCACCGCCGCAGACCUGCCUGCCGGGUAUGAAUCCCCCGGGCUUGACCUUCAGGAGCGGACCCGUGCAAUGCGGGCGGUUGAAGCUUUACUCGCUUCACAGGACCCACCCCUUUCUGCAAUGCCAGACCUGCUCACCGUGUUCGUUCGGAACUACCUGCUCCACCACGAUUCGCCCGCUUCCCCGCAGGAGCGGUUGCAGGCCUGCUUCCAGGUCGCAGCUACUCUCGGCGGUCCGGAGUUGGCCUCGCAGGCGGCUGAGUACCUCGACUCCACCCAACGCCUCUUCCGUGCUGGUUCUGUCACUGCAGCUGCUACUGCAGGGCGCAUCAGCUGGGAUGGGGACAUUGGAUACGGGACCUUCGAGUACAAUGGAGCUCACUGGCGCCAAUUUGAUUAUCAGGAUCGGCUUCCCCUCAGUCCAGAAAUGCAAGCUCUUCUAGGGCGCAAUGAGACUGAAGAGCCCAAGCAGUGUAUGCUGCUCCACGUUGCCGCUGGUGUCCUUUCCACCGAAGGAGAGCUCCCUACGCUGGCCGCCGCCCAGCUUUUGGGCCAAGCAGCACGAGAAGCCAUGUACCACUCAGCGCGGGAGGUUGAAGCACAGUUGGGGCCGCCCCCUGAGUACCUCACCCGAGCUGAGGCCGACUUCCGAGUGUUUAACCAUGACCUUUUGCACUUCGGCCACGAUCGGGACUACCGAACCCUCGUCGCAUACCCGCAGCCGGCCUGGGAGCAUUUGACCUUCGGCGUCUGGCGAGUGGAGCCGCACGGCAGCGCACUUGUCGAAUACCUGGUCGGUAGCCGCUCUGGCCCUGGUGGGCCUGUGGUCUGGUUACUCGUGCACAAAGGGCAUGCGGCUGCCAAGCCUGCCGAGGCCUGCCUUCCGGCCCGGCGUGUUUUGGCUUGUCCAGUCUGCCGGUUCGCCCCGUCCGACCUUGAGCGCCUGUUCGGAUGUGAGUCGCUGGCAGGCCACUCGGCCGUCGCUAUCGGCUGUCCGGGCCCGAUCGUUGGCGCUGUCGCCAUCGGCGACCCGUGCUGGGCUUUCGCUGCGGAGCCCAGCGCACGGGCAGCUCUCUUGCAGCUCCUUGACAGCUUCGAGGGCGACCGUGUCCUCCUCUGGGUGGGACCAGAGCUGGUUAUGCCGGCCGGCCCAUUUCAUGCUUUUCUCGAGUUCCUCGGAGUAUUACAGGCUCACAUCGCAGCUCGCGGUCAAGCCGGGGCCCUCGCUGGCCCGGUCACUCACCGCUUUUGGACCCACAAGACCUUUGUCCUUCUCUCCUGCGAGCGGGCAUGGGCUCGUGCGCGCGUCGACAGCUGCGCCCUUCCCCCGGGCGGGGGCGGCUGUCUCUCGUGGUUGAUCCGGGGAUGGCCGGCGAGUGCCUGGACCGGCGUCUCUCGCCUUUGCCGCGGCGGCCACACCCAUUUUGGGGAUUGCCGCGCCGCGUCCGCUCUCUGGGAUUUUCUGCUCGCUUUUCCUCUCGAACUGCGGGCCUCUUCGGCUCGGGAUGGGGGGGGGGGGGAGCAGUGCGCCCUGCCUCUCCGCCCCCCCACGGUCUUGGACAGUGCGGAGACAGCUGAGGCAGGGACCCAGCAAGGAUCACCCCUGGCCGAGCCGCCUUCGGCAGACUUGGGAGCUGCUAUCGGAGCCUACUUAGAUCUCGUCGCGGGAGCCCCUUAUGAUCCGAAGAGGUUUGCGGAAGCAGCGCGCCUCGGCACCAAAGCCCGCGCGGCUGCCCCGUCGUUUCCAGAAGCCUUGAGGGCCCUGCGCAGAGAAUGGACCUUACGUCAAGGCGACCAUUUCAAGGGUCUCUUCGAGGCAGCCCUGGACGAGUUGCUCCCUUCAGACCUGCUUCACUGGCUUAGACACACGGCCACCCAGGGAGUUGACGCCCGCUACGAAGGGGAUCGCCAGCGCGUGAGAGCCACGCCGCACCCGUCUCUGCAGGGGCACCUCACCGAGGCGUUCGAGCAGAUCUGGAAGGAUGUAAGUAAAGGGAGGGUUCUCCUACUUACGUGCCCUGGCGACGCUACUCUUCUUGAAGGGGUGAUCUCCGUUCCUUUGGCGCGUGUCCCCAAAAUGCUGCCUAACAGGACUGUGUCCGCGAAAGGACGGCUAAUAUGGGACGCCAGACGUGUAAAUGAACACUGCAGCAAACACCGGUAUUUCCCGGCGCUGCAGCCGAGACACUCCGAGAUAGCAAGGUUGAUCCUCUGGUGGCAGACUCGCUUCCCUCACAUCCCAAUCUAUUUGGCCAAGAAGGAUGUCAGUGACGCCUUUAAGUGGUUAUGGAUUCAAAGUGAGGAUGGGCCGCUCUUUGGCGCUGAUCUGCCCGGGACUGAGCUUGGGCUUCCGGAAGGAGUCACCGCGGUAUAUACUGCGAUGACCUUCGGUUGGACCGGAGCCCCGGGAUCGUUUAUGGGAUUCGCCUGGGGAGUCAAGCUCUUGCAUAGCUCGCAUACCCCAACCCAGCCGCUUUGGCACGACACUACUGCUUUCAAAUCGCUGAUGCUAAUGGACGACGCCGUCGUCAUUGAACCAGCGUUGGGCCUCCGGCCCCGAAGCUAUCAAGACCUCGAGGAGGGUACGCUCACGUUUGACAAGGUGAUCUGGGGUCUCUCCUACGAUACCCGUGAUAAUACUGUCUCCCUUCCCGGGCCGAAGCUCGAAAAAGCAGGCCACUUGCUCCUCCUCCCUGACUUCGAUCGAGGAAACACUCACCUUGCCCUGCGCUUGGUGCAGGAAUUGCGUGGUAACUUGGAGUUCUGGGCAGCUGUCCUUCCCACUGUCAACCCCUACCUGCACUCCAUCAAUGCGCUCCUCAAACCCCCGGACGAGCAGGGCCGAGCUAACCCACAGGGCGACCCUUCUGAAGUGGCAGCCCAGUGGGACAGCUUCUGGGAUACUCUCGACCUUUUGAGGCUGCUGGCGCAGGACCGAGCUUCCUGGUCAACCCGCUUCUCCAACCCUCUGUUUGCUGCCCUGGAUACCAAUGAGAUACUGGCGUUGCCAGGGGUUAGCUCAAAGGUAAUCUGGGUCACCGCUGACGCGACCCCCACUCAUGUGGGAGCGGUCGACUGGUCAAGUAAGAUCGCUGUGGCGCAGACAGUGGGGCAGUUCCUGGCUGCCGUGGCGUUGGCAGGAGCCCGAGCUAAGCUCGAGGCGAGUUUCUCGCCCGGGACUGGCGAAGAUGAAGAGUGCGAAGACGAUCGCCUGCAGAUUGCGCUCGCAGAGCUCGUUGCACUCCUCCUUCUCUGCGCCCAUCGUCGGGAAGCUUGGAAAGGAUGCAUUAUCCUCUAUGCCGGGGACAAUCAGAACGUCAUCACCUGGGUCCGCUCGCGCCGCUCUGGCCAUGCCGGCGCCAGCUUCUUGCUGCUAGUGCUGGGUGCGCUGGAAGUGACCCAUGGGUUCCAGAUUCGAGGUGAAUACGUUCGCACUUACCGGAACACCACUGCCGACCGUCUCACGCGCGAAGAACCCGCCGGAGUUUGUAAGGCCAUGGGACUCACCUUGCUCAAAAAGGACCCCGACUGGGAUGUCCUUCUGGAGCAGGGAUGGUCCAGGCGGGCUCUGGUUUGGGCGGGUCAGCCCCACUCAGACCGAGGAACCGCGGUGCAGCUGGCUCUGCGUGGAACGCACUCCCCGCAGGAGGGGAGACUGCAACUGCCAACGGUCACUCUUUACCUUGUGGGAGAGCAUGCGUGGACCCAAGAACGGGUUUGGACAGGACAGGGCGCCCGCGUGGAAUGGCUCCGCGAUGGAGAUACACCUGAACCUGCUCAGGCGGGCACUUGCGUUAUCCUGGGGGGAGCCUUGAACGCACGCAAGGAGGUUGAUUUGCUCAGGGCCGCAGAGUCUGCUUUGCGCCCACACGCCGCCUUCAUCGACCUGCUCCACGACGCCCUCGGUAAGAAGACUACGUGUGGGGCCAACCACGAACUCACCUACCGCCAAGGGGUCGCUUAUGGCCGAGCGCUGGGUGAUCGCGCGUGGUGGAAGCGAGGUCUUGUCUUGGGCUUAAGGGAGGACUCCGCACCGGGCGCCCCUGAAAAAUUGAGCAUUGCCUUCAAUGCCCUCUCCGCCGCGCCCGAGACCAUCCCAGCCUUCGACCCCGUUUGGGCAAAUCGUGAGCCCACCACCUGGAUAGAAGGGGGCACGUUGAAGGCGGUUCGCCUCCAGGGAGGCAAAGACCCUGAAGUCCCCCUUGACCCUAACGCCGCCAGCACCCUUGCCACCUCGUACCUUAGAGCCACCCCCCUUGCCCUUGCCGCCUGGUCCGUAACCUGGCCCACGGGUGCGCUCACGGGGGUAGGGGAGCGCCGCCAGCCGGAGAAGAGGCAGCGCUGCCUCUUCCGGGGGGGAGCAGGUUCCCGACGCCUCACUCGCUCCAGAGAGGGCAGGCGCGUGCAGCCUGCCGUGGGAGAGCCACUGCAGGCUGAAAACAGCCGCUUGAGCAUGAGCAACCGCCGGGCCGGAGGACGGCCGCGCGAGUCCUCGCGUGAAAGGACGCCGAGAGAAGAGCGCUCCGGGAGGAACCGCGAACCCGCCGGGCACCCAGAGAGCCCAAUGUUGCUUAAUUAA